GGAAGAAUUUCUUAGGGUUUGGCAGUCAUGAAAUUCGAAGUGUUGUGCGUUUUAGUAGCAACCUACUUGGCUGUGCCAUGUUUCUCCGAACCAUUUAUCAUGGAACUUCCUGGCUACGCAAAAACUGUUUUAGGAGGUUUUGGAAACCUGAGCACAUCCUGGUAUGAGCCGCGACGUCCGUUUUACUCUUUUCGUUAUUUCCAUUACGCGGCAAAACCAACUUAUGAGACUCGAUUCCUGCCUCCGGUUCCUUCAAACUAUCCAUACCCCGAUGACGAAAUCUAUAACUCAAUUGAUUUGCCUCCUGGUUGUGCCCAAGGUGAUCGUAAUGGACUAGAAGAUUGUCUUAUUCUAAGCGUUUACACGCCUAAAUUUCCAGGUAACGCUUCAGAUCCCUCAACGACGUUUGACGAUUUGUUGCCCGUCAUGGUUUGGAUACACGGCGGUUCUUUCAUAUUUGGUCAAAGUAUUCUGUACGAGCCAAACACUUUCAUGGCGCAUGAUGUCGUUAUGGUUGUAAUCCAAUACCGCCUUGGUCCUCUUGGUUUCCUGUCGUUAGGCACGGACGAAAUUCCCGGAAACGCUGGCAUGGCUGAUCAAGUAGAAGCUUUGCGCUGGGUACAGAAGUUCAUCAAAUAUUUUGGUGGUGACAAAGACAAGGUCACCAUUGUUGGAGAAAGUGCAGGAGCAGCAAGUGUUGGUUUUCUUCUUUUUCCCCCCCCCAAAAAAGAAAAAAAAAAAAAAUGAUAACAGAACCUCUUUAGGUAUGCAAUUGCCGAAUCAGGCUCUAUGUUGGCUGAUUGGGCAGUUGAUCGUAACUCCACUAAACACGGAUAUGUGAUUGCUGAACUGGCUGGUUGCCCGCUUGAGCCCUACGAGGAACUACUGCACUGUUUACGGAGUAUUGAUGUAAUUACUCUACAGAAUGCCCAAUCAGCUUUCUCGGCCAACGAUGUACUAAAUGGUGGAUUAGGUUUCGGAGGGCAAUCACCCGUUAUCCAAACGGCCGGAAAAAUUAAGUAUUUGACGGAAGAACCAAGACACCUGAUUGAAAGUGGACAGUACAAAACCGACACGCACCUUCUAUUUGGUGCCAAUGAAGGAGAAGGAAUUAUGGCCUUAGACAUGACACUGGACUUGUACAUCAGGCCAAAUGGUCUAGAAAAUGAUGAGGUCUUUUGGAAAUACGACUCCGUGAGAACUAUACUCGCAGCUUUAGGUAUCAUAAGAAAAUACACUCUAGGCGACGGUUAUGCUGUUGAUUCUUGUCAGAUGGGAAACUUCACUGUUAUGAUUCCCGGUUUGGUUGACAUAGCUGGUACCUUGUUCCUGAAAGCCGGUGGUUGGCAAACUGUGAUGCUCCACACCAAAUUCAAUCCUCAUGCAUACUGGUACUCUUUCGAUUUUCUCGGAAAAGUCAGUUUGAUCAGCGCCGACGAAAUACUUCCGCGUGGUGUAAUGCACGCCGAUGAAAUUAUGUACCUGUUCACGAUGCCUAUUCCGCAUAACGAAACGGAAAUCGAAUUAUCCAGAAAAAUGUUAGAAAUUUGGACAACAUUCGCUACAUACGGAGAACCAACACCAGAUGAAUUGACUAUGAGAGAAGGUAUUCCGAAAUGGCCUCCCUACACUCACGAGAGAAAAGAAUUCAUGGCAAUCAACAAAUACUGGAGUGUCAAAAAUGACUACACUUUGUAUUACACAGUAACAGUGGAUAAGGCGGGACCGAGGUCCGUUAGUCGACAGUCUGCCGAAGCAUGUGCCAACGCGUAUUGGACUUCGAAGAAGAAGCACGAACGUCGUCGUCGUGCCUAACUUGGCAGAUUGCAUACCUAAAUAGAUGCGAAAAAUUCACAGUAGACUUGCCUAUGAAUUCAACCAAGAAUAAAAAGAUAUUCAAUUGCA